AUCCUAUCCUCAUCGACUGCAUGCGCGACUCUUUGCCGCUGUCUUCCAAUUUACGCAUUGGCACGUCUCACUUCUGUGUUGUAUGCUGAAAGCAGACAAUGGGCCGGCUAGUGACCGAAGACGACAUCGGGCUGAAGGUACUCCGCGAGGCACCAGCAGAGGCAGAAGCUGCCCAGAUCAUCGACAUCGUCGCGAUUCACGGCCUUGGCGCGCAUCCCGACGACAGCUGGUGCAAGAAUGCGGGUACCAGGGAAAGCCCGCGAUGGGUCAACUGGCUCGACGACGAAAACUUGCUACCGGCGGUCGCGCCGAACGCGCGCAUCAUGCGAUAUGGGUAUGAGUCGCAGUGGUUCGGCAAGGAAGCGAUGCAGCAGAGCGUGUCCACGGUGGCAGAGCGGUUACUGCUGAACCUGAAGCGGAAGAGAAAGGAUGUCCCAUUCCGUCCACUGUUGUUCAUAGCGCACUGCUUUGGCGGGCUGGUCGUGCUCAAGAUGCUGCUGGAAGCCGAACAGUACCAGAGCGAGUGGCCUGGUGUAUUCCGGUCAACUACCGGUCUCGUCUUCUUUGGCACGCCGUUUCGAGGCGCCGGCGGGAUGAACCAGAUGGAGAUGCUCGAGGCGGCACGGCGCGAAUACGACAACGAUCAGGUGCAGCCCGCCGCUCUCGAGGUGCUGCAGCCAGGGAACGCGUACUUACAAGAUGUGGUGGAUGGCUUCCUGAAGAAGAUGCGGAGCCAGAUGAGCAAGACGCAGGUCGCAUGCUUCUACGAGCUCAAGGCCAGCGACGUAGGGAGGAUCGUAGGCGGACAAAGUCGGACGGUAAGUGUGAACGAGUGUUAUACGAUUUCGAGGCUGACUGCAUGCACAGAGAUUUGUGGUCACCGAAAGCUCUGGUUGUCUUGA